AUGCCGGACUCAAGGCGAACGGCACGCGCGGGGGGGAGCGGGCAGUGGGGGCAUGGCGCCGCGGGUCGGUCCGCUCUCGGGCUCAACGCGUCGAGCACUGUCGCCGAGCCGCCGCGUCGUGCACGCCACCACCCGCUCGAAAUAAUCGACGGGAGAGCCGGGAGCGGGCGGUGCAACCGCCGCUAUUCGCGGGGUGAUGACUCAGCCACGUCAGGCCGAGCUAAAUGCGGACGCCGUGUGCUGCCGCCCUUCGUGAGGUUUUCUGCCAUUUUCGCUGGCAGGGCGCACACCGCGCUCUGUGCAGCGGUCAGCGACCUGCGCCCACGCGCAGUUGCACCCGGCACCGGAGUCGCACACAACUCGCCCCUGUCGGAUAUGCGCCCCACCAUCCCGUUGUUCCAUCGGACCACUUAUUUGCUUUUAAUUUGUAACGUACAAAAUAUCAUCGAUGAUAGUAAACUUUGCUUGUAA